AUGUUGAAAGAAAUUGCUAAGCAUGAGAUACUUAUUUCCAUGAUAUAUUGUGCAUCAUUUGCAUCAGGUGGCUGGAUUCCUGCUUUUAAGCUGUCUUCUCUGGAUUCUGCGUUUGCUGAUUUAAUAUUGUUACACCUUUCCCGCAGAUGGUUGUCUUGCUGGUGUUGUGAGCAAAAGCAGUAUAUCACUCAGGCAUCACAUGAAUUAGAGGAUAUGACUGAUUUCAAAUUUAAACCAUAUUUCAGUGCCUCGAAAUAUACUGAAGUUGAAUACAGAUCCUUGUGGAACGAUGGCCAUUUACCCAAAUCAGUGAAGCUAGAGGAUAGGGGUAGAAAUCGAGAUCAUGAGAGGGAAGACAGAGAUAAAGACCAUGACGACAGAGAAAGGAAUAGAUCUGACAGAGGUUUUGGGAGUAAAGAUAUAGUUGGACAGAAGAUGCCUUUAUAUUCAAGCAAAGAUAAGUAUAUGGCAAAACCCAUUCAAGAACUAGACCUCUCUAACUGUGAGAGCUGCACACCCAGUUAUCGGCUUCUGCCGGAUAAUUAUCCAAUUCCUUUAGCAAGUCAGAGAACAGAGGUUGGUGCUGAAGUAUUGAAUGAUCAUUGGGUGUCCGUCACUUCAGGAAGUGAGGACUAUUCUUUUAAACACAUGCGCAAAAACCAGUAUGAAGAAAGCUUGUUCCGAUGUGAAGAUGACAGGUUUGAACUGGACAUGUUGUUAGAAUCUGUGAAUGCAACCACUAAAUGCGUUGAAGAACUACUCGACAAGAUCAAUGACAAUGCAAUUAAGCCAGACAGCCCGAUUUGUAUUGAAGACCAUUUUACAGCUCUGAAUUUAAGGUGCAUUGAACGUUUGUAUGGUGACCACGGACUUGAUGUGAUGGAUGUAUUAAGGAAGAAUGCACCUCUUGCCUUGCCAGUUAUAUUAACACGCUUGAAACAGAAACAAGAAGAGUGGGCAAGGUGUCGUUCUGAUUUUAAUAAAGUUUGGGCUGAAAUCUAUGCAAAGAACUAUCACAAAUCACUCGAUCAUCGUAGCUUCUAUUUCAAGCAACAGGACACGAAGAGCUUGAGCACUAAAG